AACGGGUCGGCCUUCGUGGACCGGCCGGCGAAGGAGUCGGCCUACGAGCUGAUGUUCGGCCGGUCCAUGGGGUUCGCCCCGUACGGGGUUUACUGGACGACGCUCCGGAGGAUCGCCUCCGGCCACCUCUUCUGCCCGAAGCAGCUCAGGGCUUCGGCCGGGAGGCGGUUGGAGAUUGGCGAUCAGAUGGCGGCGGCGGUGAUGGAAGACGGUGGUGGUGUGGUUCGAGUGAGGGAUGUGUUGAAGGUGGCGUCGCUUAACAACAUGAUGUUCACUGUGUUUGGGCGGCGGUAUGUUCUUGAUUCCGGUAACGGGGAGACGGCGGAGCUGAGGGAGUUGGUGGAGGAAGGGUACGAUUUGCUCGGCCGGCUCAACUGGUCCGACCACUUGUCGUUUUUGUCGGAUUUCGACUUGCAGAGAAUCCGGCUCCGGUGCUCCAUGAUGGCGCCCCGGGUAAACCGGAUUGUGGGCCGGAUCAUGGCCGAGCACGAGAGGCGAGACGGAGAUCAUGACUUCGUAGACGUCCUUAUGUCGCUUCAAGGGCCCGACCGGUUGUCGGAACCCGACAUGAUCUCACUUCUCUGGGAAAUGAUAUUCAGAGGGACAGACACAGUGGCAGUCCUGAUGGAGUGGAUACUAGCCAGGCUCGUGCUGCAUCGCGACGUUCAGUCAAAGGUGCAGCACGAGCUGGACGAGGUGGUCGGGAGCUCGCGCCAGGUCGCAGAGUCUGACCUGACGAAGCUCCCUUAUUUGACGGCUGUCGUCAAAGAGGUCCUGCGCCUGCACCCGCCCGGGCCGUUGCUCUCGUGGUCCCGUCUCUCGAUCCGGGACGCGACGGUGGACGGCCACCUCGUCCCCGCGGGGACCACGGCUAUGGUCAACAUGUGGGCGAUAUGCCGGGAUCCAGACAACUGGCCCGACCCGCUAACCUUCAAGCCCGAGAGGUUCCUCUUGGGCGCGGAGAUUGCGGAUAUGACGCUGGCGCCGUUCGGGUCGGGCCGGAGGUCGUGCCCGGGGAAAGUAAUGGGAAUGACGGCGGUGAGCUUUUGGGUGGCGAGGCUUUUGCAUGAGUUUGAUUUUGCGGCAGCGGGUGACGUGGAUUUGUCGGAGGAGAUGAGGCUGUCUUGUGAAAUGAAGAAGCCGCUGGCGGUGGCGGUGCGGCGCCGGCGGGAUAGAGGCGUUGGAGCAGUGAAAGUUUAAGGAAAAGGGAUCAUGAUAGCGACAAUAUUGGAGAAUAUAUGUAUCUAUUGCUAUAAAUAUUUGAAUGUGGCGUGAUGUCAUCACUGCAUUUUGAUGUAACUUUUGGAUUAUUAUUUUAUGACUAUGUAUUUGUAUAAUGUGGAAAGUAGUAAGGGAAAAUCGCGUGCAAUAUUUUACUUCA